CUUUCUGCAACAACAGGAGCAAAUCAAGCAGUGAUGUUGCUGAGGAUCGAUGCUGGAGGGGAGCGAGGCGCGAGCGCGCCGGAUCGGGAGCGCGCGCAUAGGAAGGACCGGGAGGAAGCAGCAGCAGCAGCUCCUCAGUCGCCAGCGGAGUCCAGGACGGCGGAUGAACGGAGCAAAGCGAGCAUCGUUUUCCCACAGCGGCUUUCCUCCGAGCAGCGCCCCGCAGCCCGAAACCUGCCCGAAAAUGAUGCUGAAAGCGGCCCUUCUCUUCGGGGUGCUCGUCGGCAUCAGUCAAGCUUCACUGCAGGUUUCCAUAUCCUUGCACAAGGUGGAGUUAAGCGUCGGAGAAUCCAAAUUCUUCAUCUGCACAGCGAUCGGUGACCCCACAAGGCUGGAAUGGUUCAACCCUCAGGGUGAGCGCAUCGUAAGCAGCAAACGAAUGAAUCUGCAGACGGAGGCGUCCCGAUCCCGACUCAUCAUCUACAACGCCAUCAUCGAGGACGCGGGGAUCUACCGCUGCCAGGCCACCGACGACAGCGGCCACGUGGAGGAGGCGUCGGUGGUGCUCGAAAUCUACCAGAGACUGACGUUCCGGGACGUAAAGUCGCCUCAGGAGUUCAGGCACGGCGAGACGGCGGAGGUGGUGUGUGAUGUCAUCAGUUCGCCGGUGCCGGUGGUGGUUUGGUACUACCAGGACAGAGAAAUCACAGAGGAGCAUCACAGCAGGUUCCAGGUGCUGCCCAACAACAACCUGCAGAUCCGCCAGGUGACCAAGUUGGACGAGGGCGUUUACCGCUGCGAGGCCAGCGUGGAGGCCAGAGGGGAGAUCGACUUCGUGGACAUAGCUGUGGUCGUCAACGUUCCUCCGUCGUUAUCGGUCUUCCAGCAGUCCUUCAACGCCACAGCCGACUACCAGGAAUCAGUCACCUUCACCUGCAUCACUUCUGGAUCUCCUGAUCCUCUGGUCACAUGGCACAGGAAGGGGCAGCAGCUGGAGCCUUCAGAGAAGUACAUUUUCAGCCAGCUGGAGGGCGGACGCAGCAUGCUGACCAUCCGAAACAUCCGGCAGGCCGACGGAGGAACCUUCUCCUGCAAGGCCUCCAACAAGGCCGGCUUCCAGGAGAGAGAGCUUCUGCUCAAAGUGUUCGUCCAGCCCCACAUCACCCAGCUGAAGAACGUGACAGCCGUGGAGGGCAGCGCCGCCAUGAUCUCCUGCGUGGCCGAGGGCGAGCCUCUGCCUGACAUCUCCUGGAAGCCAGCGACGGGCAGAACCUUCGUGGACGGAGACAAGAGUCGGGACGGGCGGUUCGAGGUCCGCGGCCGUCACGGUAAAUCCGUGCUGACCAUCAGCGGGGUGCGGCUCAGCGACCUCGGCCGCUUCGACUGCGAGGCUCAGAGCCGGAUAGGAGGCCAUCAGAAGAGCAUGUUUCUGGACAUUGAGUAUAUUCCUAAAUUCCUGACCAACCACACCAUCUAUUACUCGUGGGAGGGGAACCCGGUGAACAUCAGCUGCGACGUGAUGUCCAACCCGCCCGCCACCAUGCUGUGGAGGAGGGAACGCUUCACCAUCUCAGAGGGAACGCCGCACAUGCAGAUCUACGGCACUGACGGGAGGUCGGUGCUGGAGGUGACUCCGAUGUCGGACCGAGACUUUGGCCGGUAUAACUGCACGGCCCGGAACAACAUCGGAGUCCGGUACCAGGAGUUCAUCCUGGCCCAGGCAGACGUCCCCUCCAACCCGUACUCCGUCCGUCUGUCGGCCGUUUCCCAGCGGCUGGCCACCGUCACCUUCAUGAAGCCGGACUCUCACGGCGGCGUUCCCAUCAGCUUCUACCUGGUCCAGUACAAAGAGCUGGGCUCCAUAGACUGGAGGGAUGUGAAGUCGCACAGCGUGCAGACCACCGUAGUUCUGACCGGCCUGGAGCCCAACACGACGUACGAGGUGCGAGUCGCAGCCGUGAACGGGAAAGGUCAGGGAGAGUUCAGCCACACGGAGACCUUCCAGACUUUACCUAUCCGUAAAACCGAGUCGCCGGCGGUCCACGGCCAGAGGGGCGUGGGGAAGGCCUACAGGCUGGGGCUGGUCAAGCAGGACGACGGCGGGAUGCCCAUCGUGGAAUAUAUCGUCAAAUACAAAACAGAUAAAGAGGAACAGUGGAUGACCAAGCUGGUUCCAGGAGCUAACGACUUUGCGAUGCUGCAGCCGCUGCAGUGGAACACGAGAUAUGAAGUGGAAAUCACAGCCCGCAACGUCAAGGGCCUAUCAGAGCCCACCUUCUAUCAGUUCUUCAUGCCACAGAAGCCCGACAUCACAGCAGAAUCCCUGUUCAGCGGCCUGGGGCUCGGCGCGGUGGUGGGCCUCGGCCUCGGAGCGCUGCUGCUGCUCCUGGUGCUGGUGGACGUCAGCUGCUUCUUCCUGCGCCACUGCGGCCUGCUCAUGUGCAUCACUCGCACGCUCUGCAGCAAGAAGACGGCGACCAGCGGCAAGGGCAAAGAGAUGGAGGAGGGCAAGGCGGCUACCUGUGAGAAGCUGCCGCUGAAGGAGGAAAAUGGCAAAGAGUCUCUCAAGCCGGAUACGAUUGAAAUCAAAGUACACAGCGACAACAGCAUCCACAUAAAGCCGGACGACAGCAAGGCUUAGAGAUAAAUAUAUAUAUAAAGUAACGGUAAAGAAGAACGGGGUCGGCUCCCCUCGCCACCAAAAGAACAUUCGGAUCACGAGACCAACGGCCUGGAAAAGUGAAAAUAGUGGAGUAAAAUACUAUAUCUGUUUAUAUUAAUGCCCGAAUGAAAGGCAUGUGUAAAUAAAAUUAAAAGAGAGGAAACGGGAGGGAAACUUUUUGACACCCAGAAUGCAUUUUGUUCAGUAGGAGCCUCUUAAAUGAUUGUAUUUUAUUUUAUUUUCUGUCUUUUCAUUGAAAACUCCUCAGACAUUUCCUUUUCAUUGUUUUCAUGGCGGUUUGUGGAACGGCCGCCAUCUUUGUUUUUAACUCCUGGUGUUUUCAUGCUUUGGAGACGUAGAAACAAAUCAAAAAAUGUUUCUAAACACUAAAAAAAGUGUUUUUGAUCUGAAAGUGACCCAAAGCGUGGACACACUUCAUUUUGAUCCCAAAUCUGUCUUUUAUUUUGAAAAGAAAGGAAACCUUUUUCUGUUUCGGACUCUCUCUGAUGUCGUUGUGUGUUGUACAUAGGUGAAAAAAACCUGGAUAUUUUACAGAGCUUUUAUGUAAAUAUAUUAAAACAAGGAUGUCUUUUUUUCCACAGUGCAGAAGUCUUGGCCUUCGUUUCACUUCCUCUCCCCGUUGCGUUCAGGUUCUGGUGUAAUAUUCCUUUUUCCGCUCAUUUGCUUCCCCUUGAGGGAAACCGAACCCCGAAGCGAUUCCACGGCAGUAAUUAUGGCAUUAAUGUGCCUUUUCUUUCCUUUUUUCGCUCCCUUUCGUGCGGUUCGCUCCAUGAAAUCAGCUUCUGAUUUGCUGCUUUUCGCGCCGGAGAGAGUGGACUGAUCACGAUGAUGCUGCGGCGGCCGGCUGCUCUGGACUCACUGAUGUGGAACAGACAGAACAUAAGAAAAUAGAAAAAAUGUUUGUAUUGUCAGACUUUCUGUCCUAAAAGUUGAUCUUCUAUCUUUGUUUUCUUCCUUUUUCCUUAUUUCCUGAUUCCUUCAGUCCUCCACUCCCUUUACUUCCUUGUCUCCUAACUAACUUCCUUAAUUGUUUUC